AUGAAACUCGCAAGACACAUUAGGCGCCGCUUCAGCACCUCCACAGCCAGCCAAAAAUCAGAGCGUGUGGCCAACAACAGACCAAUCUCCUUGACUCAAAUCAAAGAGCUUCACGCACACCUUAUCAGAACCCAGCUCCACAAAGACCCGUCUUCGGUCUCAGAGGUUAUUAGAUAUUACGCACUAUCUCCUCUGUUUUUGGAGAAAGCCCUUUUAGUCUUCAAUCAAAUUGAGCAACCCACAUUAUUGAUUUGGAACCAUAUGAUCCGUGGACUCUCACAGAGUGGCCAAUUCAGUGAAGCAAUUCACGUGUAUAAUCGUAUGUACCGCCAAGGAUUGGCUGGGAAUCAUUUGACCUUUAUAUUCAUUUUCAAGGCUUGUGCUCGAGCUCCCGAUAUUGCACAUGGCCAAACGGUCCAUGCCCAUGCACUGAAACUUGGCUUUGAACCUUAUCUUUUUGUUUCGAAUGCCUUAAUUCACAUGUAUGCAUCUUGUGGUUAUUUGGGUUUUGCUCAGAAAGUGUUUGAUGGAAUGCGGGAAAGAGAUUUGGUUUCUUGGAAUUCUUUGAUAUGUGGAUAUAGUCAGUGCAACAGGUUUGAGAAUGUGUUGGGUCUUUUUAACGCAAUGCAGGCAGCGAAUGUGAGGGCUGAUGCGGUCACAAUGAUGAAAGUUAUUUUGGCGUGUAAUUACUUGGGUGAAUGGGAAAUUGCAGACUCUAUGGUUAACUAUGUUGAAGAAAAUCAUGUUGACAUUGAUGUUUACAUGGGAAACACUAUGAUAGAUAUGUAUGGACGUCGUGGUUUGGCGAAUUUGGCUCGGGAAGUAUUUGAUCGGAUGCAUGAAAGAAACAUAGUUUCAUGGAAUUCCAUGAUCAAGGGAUAUGCAAAAGCGGGAAACUUUUUCAAUGCAAGAAAGCUUUUCAAUGAGAUGCCGAAGAGAAAUGUGGUCUCUUGGACUUCCAUGAUCACUGGUUACUCUCAAGCUAACCAACAUGCUGAGGCGGUGAGCCUUUUUGAAGAAAUGAUGGGAGCUAAUGUGAGAGCAGAUGAAAUAACGGUGGCUAGUGUGCUUUCUGCUUGUGCGCAUGUAGGUUCGCUUGAUGUGGGAGAGGCUGUCCACCGCUACAUAAGGAAGCAUGGUGUGAAAGCAGAUAUCUAUGUGGGAAAUGCUUUGAUAGAUAUGUAUUGCAAAUGUGGGGUGGCUGAGAAGGCAUUGGAGGUGUUUCAGUGGAUGGAAGAGAAAGAUUCUGUGUCAUGGACUUCGGUAAUUUCAGGCCUUGCUGUGAAUGGUUUUGCAGAUUCUGCACUUGAACUCUUUUCGCAGAUGUUGAGAGAAGGUAUUCAACCAACUCAUGGAACGUUCGUUGGGAUUUUAUUAGCUUGCGCUCAUGCUGGAUUGGUAGAAAAAGGAUUGGAAUAUUUUGAAAGCAUGGAAAAGAUUCGUGGACUAAUGCCAGAAAUGAAACACUACGGAUGUGUUGUGGAUCUGUUGAGCCGCUCUGGAGAGGUAGACAAGGCCUAUGGGUUCAUACAAAAUAUGCCUAUUGUUCCCGACGUUGUAGUGUGGAGGAUAUUGCUGAGUGCUUGUAAGGUUCAUGGAAAUGUGGCCCUAGCUGAAGUUGUCACAAACAAGCUUCUUGAACUGGAUCCUUCUAACAGUGGGAAUUAUGUUCUCUCAUCAAAUACUUAUGCAGCUUCAGAUAGAUGGGAAGAUGUUAUAAGAAUAAGAGAACUGAUGGAUGAGAGCAAUGUGCAGAAGCCAUUUGGCCGUAGUUCCAUUGAAAUAAAUGGCAAAUUGUCAAAUAACUCUCAGGAGCCAGGACUCACUUAUAAGAAGAAUCGAUGA